AUGCUCGACGUGAACGACUUUAUCAAGGAGCGCGGCGGCGACCCUGAGAAGAUUCGGGAGUCACAGCGACGCCGCUAUGCGCCGGUCGAGGUUGUGGACGAGAUCAUUGAAAUGUUCGAGGACCACCGGAAAACUCAGUAUGCCGCCACGCAGAUGAACGGCAAGAUCAACGAAGUGAACAAGCUGAUCGGAACGAAGAAGAAGGCCAAGGAGAAUGCCGACGAGCUGCUGCAACAGAGAGCUGCCCUCGACAAGGAGAAGAAGGAUCUGCUGGACUUAGCCGCCGAGAAGGACGUGGCCCUGAAGAAGAAGGUCAAGACGAUCGGGAACAUUGUCCACGACUCGGUGCCCAUUAGCGACAACGAGGAUAACAACGCCUGUCUGCGAAAAUGGGCCCCCGAGGGCGUCACGGUUGAGAAGAAAGACGUGCUUUCCCACCACGAGGUGCUCACACGUCUGGACGGCUACGACCCCGAGCGAGGAGUCAAGGUGGUCGGGCACCGAGGAUACUUCUUGAAGCGAUGGGGUGUGUUCCUAAACCAGGCCCUUAUCAACUACGGUCUUGAAUAUCUCACCGAGAAGGGCUUCACACCAUUGCAGACGCCGCAAUUCAUGUUGAAGGAUUACAUGGGAAAGACCGCCCAGCUGGAAGCAUUCGAUGAGGAGCUAUACAAGGUGAUCGACGGCGAGGCCCAGAACGACAAGUAUCUCAUCGCCACCUCAGAACAGCCCAUCUCUGCCUUCCAUGCCGACGAGUGGAUCCAGGCCAAGGAGUUGCCCAUCAAAUACGCAGGCUUCUCCACGUGCUACCGCCGAGAGGCAGGCUCGCACGGUCGUGAUGCAUGGGGCAUCUUCCGUGUCCACCAGUUCGAAAAGGUCGAGCAGUUCGUUCUGACAGACCCCGAGAAGUCGUGGGAGGUAUUUGACGAGAUGUUCUCCACCUCGGAGGGCUUCUACCAGUCUCUUGGGCUGCCCUACCGAGUCGUCGCCAUUGUCUCGGGAGCGCUGAACAAUGCCGCGGCCAAGAAGUUCGAUCUGGAAGCAUGGUUCCCCUUCCAAGGAGAGUACAAGGAGCUGGUGUCGUGCUCAAACUGCACUGACUACCAGUCUCGAGCCCUCGAGAUUCGCUUUGGUGUCAAGACGCAGACCGACACCAAGAAGAAAUACGUCCACGCCCUCAACUCCACCUUGUGUGCCACAGAACGAGCUCUAUGCUGCAUUUUGGAGAACUACCAGACCGAAGAUGGUUUCCGUGUACCCGAAGUUCUGCGAAAGUACCUGCCUGGAGCACCCGACUACAUCCCCUUCACCAAGGAGCUGCCCAAGGACACAACCUCAGCAAAGGCGAAGAAGGCAGACAAGGGUGGUGCAAAGCAAAAGGUUCAAGCUGCAGUGGCAGAAGCUGGUGAGAAGCUGAAGAACGUGAUGGUCUAG